AUGGCCAAGAGCAAGUUUGAAUCCGUCCGCAACUUUGAAGCAGAUGAUCACUUGCCUCAGAAACUGCUACAUUGUGGUGCAGCAGUACGAGGUCACCCAUCCCAUCUGGCUGCAGAGAAGAAGACGGUCUCCCAGUGCGGAGCAGCAGCAGCAACAUCCUGCGAAAGCUCAGUUGUGAUCAGAGCCGAAGGCCAGGAUCUCACCCUGCACCUGGAGAAGAAUGAGUAA